ACAUGAAUGUACUAUGAUGUUUAUUCAACUGCCAUGUUUAAAGGAUUCAAAACCUCCUAAAGUACAUGCCCACACUGCUUGUCAAUUCUCCAACAUGGAGGUUCACAGAGCAGCUCUUUUUCUUUUCCUUUGUUCAGGUUUCCUUGAGGGCCACGCCGAAAGCACAGAUGUUCUCGCUACAUAUAUUCAAACGGAUGGGGCCUGGAUAGUGAAAUUGCCAAAAAUGCAGUAUUCUGUAAACUCAGUAGAAGAAUGUGCCACCAGGUGUAACAAAGAAACUCUCUUUACAUGCAGGUCCUUUACGUAUAUUGAAAAGGAUCAGGAUUGUAUAACAUUACCCGGAAACUCUAAGACUGAUCAUAUACUGCGAAGAACUAGUGCUUCCCUGUAUGAGAAAAAGGAGUACUUACUGGAAUGUGUGAAUGGCAUUGGCACAGACUACAGAGGGACAAAAUCCAAGACAAAAUCUGGAAAAACAUGUCAGCGAUGGGAGGGAUCUUUCCCCCAUAAGCCAAACAUAACACCAAAGACGCAUCCAAAAGCUGACUUGGAGUCCAACUUUUGUCGAAACCCAGAUGGAGACAAAGAGGGUCCUUGGUGCUACACCAUGGAUAAAGACAAAAGAUGGGAGAACUGUGAUAUCCAAGACUGCACAGAGGAGUGCAUACAAUGCAGUGGAGAAAACUACAGGGGCAAGAUCGCCACCACUGAGAGUGGAUGGACCUGCCAACGCUGGGACUCUCAGACACCUCACAACCAUGGUUACGCCCCUUCAGCUCUUCCUGAGAAGUACUUGGAGGAGAACUAUUGCAGGAACCCUGAUGGAGAGCCCAGGCCCUGGUGCUUCACCACGACCUUGGCCAAACGCUGGGAAUACUGUCCCAUUCCUCGAUGCACAACUGAACCACCCACAAUUGUACCAGAGCUUAAUUGUGUGACUGGAGAAGGUAGAUCCUACAGAGGCACUAUUUCUGUGACAAUAUCAGGAAAAUCUUGCCAGAACUGGGCAUCUCAAUCUCCUCAAAAACAUUCUAGAACACCAGAGAACUACCCAUGCAAAGGCCUUGAAGGGAAUUACUGCAGGAAUCCUGAUAAUGAAAGAAGUCCCUGGUGUUAUACCACAGACCCUGACACCCGCUGGGAGUACUGCACUGUGCCCAGUUGCGGAGAUCAGCCUGGACCUGAGGCGCCGGUCAUCCCUGAGGGAGAAGAAUGUUAUGAAGGUGAUGGAAGCUCAUACCGUGGUGCCAUGUCAGAGACCAUUAGUGGAAAGAAAUGCCAGUUCUGGACAUCCAUGGAACCUCAUAAACAUUCCAAAACACCUCAGAAAUUCCCUACAGGAGAUCUGAGGAGGAACCUGUGCAGAAACCCAGAUGGUGACCGAGCCCCUUGGUGCUACACCACUGACCCCUCUGUUAGGUGGGAGUAUUGCAACAUAGACCGGUGUGACGGCAAACCCAGCAUGUCCAAACCUCAGCCUACAACCAAACCUGCAGUAGUUGUACCUCCUCUAAUACAGGGCACCGUUGCUUCUUCAGAAAGAGAUUGUAAGGUUGGCAACGGAGCAGAUUACCGUGGUCCCACAUCUACGACCAUAAUGGGAGUGACCUGCCAAGCAUGGAGUUCUAUGACCCCCCAUCAGCAUGCCAGUUUUACCGCUGAGUCACAUCCAGACAAGGGCCUGGAGUCUAAUCAAUGCAGAAACCCAGAUAAUGAUGUGAAUGGACCUUGGUGCUAUACAACAGACCGAAAUAAGAAGUGGGAUUACUGUCAGAUCCCAGACUGUGAGAGCAUGAAAUGUGGGCAGCCAUUGACAAAACCUAAACGCUGCUUUGGCCGGAUUGUUGGUGGAUGCGUUUCCAAGCCACACUCCUGGCCAUGGCAGAUCAGUCUUAGGACCAGCGUUGGUAAAGUUCAUUUCUGUGGAGGAACACUAAUUGAUGCACAGUGGGUCCUGACUGCAGCUCAUUGCCUUGAAAGGUCUAAGAGGCCAUCUGCCUACAAGAUCUUCCUUGGAAUCCACAAAGAAACUGCAACUGAAUCAUCCAAACAAGAGCGAGACGUCACUAAGAUUGUUAUGGGACCAAGCGGGACUGACAUUGCUCUUCUCAAGUUGGAUAGGCCUGUAAAUAUAAACGAUAAGGUGUCGACUGUUUGCCUACCAGAAAAGGACUAUAUUGUGCCGAGUAAAACUGAAUGCUAUGUCACAGGCUGGGGAGAGACACAAGGAACUGGAGGUGAUGGUGUCCUGAAAGAAACCGGCUUCCCAGUAAUUGAAAAUAAAAUCUGCAACCGUCCUUCAUUUUUGGAUGGCCGUGUGAAGGACCAUGAGAUGUGUGCAGGAAACAUAGAAGGUGGAACUGACAGUUGUCAGGGUGACAGCGGUGGGCCUCUCGUUUGCUUCUCACAGAACACGUAUGUUCUUCAGGGAGUGACAUCAUGGGGUCUUGGAUGUGCUAAUGCCAUGAAACCAGGAGUGUACACCCGUGUCUCCAAGUUUGUCAACUGGAUUGAACAAAGCAUAAAAGGAAAUUGAGAACGGUUCAACCUAAACACAAGCAUACGCUUUGCAAUAAAUGUACAACUUGUAUGAAUGAUAUUUUAUUGAUACAAAGGCCAUUUUAAAGUUGAAAGGGAUAGUUCACUUAAAAAUCAAAAUUUUGUCAUUUACUAAACCUCAUGUUGCUCCAAACCCAACCUUUUUUGCAAUGCAUUGAAAGUGAAUGGUGACUAAGGUGAGCAUUUUCCAUAACAUCUCUUUUUGUGUUCCACGGAAGAAAGAAAAUUGUAAGGGGUUGGAACAACAUGAGGGUGAGUGAAUGAUGACAGAAGAUUAAUUUUAGGGUAACAGAGUGGUGGCUUUUACAAAUUGUUUGCACAAGCCAGAUUUGUUCUAUUAUGAGGCCAUCCAGGUCAGCAUGUUUUAUCACAUCUUAAAAUGUAAUCAAAAUUAAUUAAAAAUACAAAUAGUUUUCCUACAUUAAAGAAGAGGUUAAAAAAAUGCAUGUGAUUAAAAGUCUCUUUAUUUGUAUCUUACCAUACAAACCUUCCAACAAUUUAGCUGUUACCUUUACAAUUGUAUAUAUAUAAAAUGUCAUUCAUGCACUUAAGUUUAAACCUUAGUGAGUGAUGGACAAUAAUUUAAAGCAAUAUUUUAAAAUUGAUAUUUUCAUGGAGGGCUAUUAUUUUAAAAUUAACACAAAAAUAUAAAAUGUUCAACAAAAAGACACAUUUAUUCCACUAUAGAUAUUUACAUUAAAUCAUCCAAUAAAAA